CUCUACUUCUUGGAGCAAAAGAUUUUAAUUUAAAUCCAUUUAAUGAAAUAAAGGACUUAAUUAAUUUUCAAAUACAAAUAGUGAACUGGACAAAACCGCAGGAAGAGACGCGAAACAUAAGCAAUCUUUACAACAAAAUGACUGUUAAAGACUUGCAAUUAAUUGCUCCAAAUACAAAAUGGGUUAGACUUUUGAGCGGAGUCUUCAAACAAGCCGUUCAUAUGAGUGAUGAAGUGAUGGUUAAUAAUCCUAAUUAUGUCAAACAAAUUGAUUCCAUGAUUAAAGCAACGGAUAAUCGAGUAUUAGCAAAUCACAUGAUAGCCGAUGUAAUCCUAAAUAGUCUUCCACUACUUCACCCAAAAUGGCUUCAAUUACACGACUUUUAUUUGCAUCGGAUUACUGGCCGGAAGGCAGUGCCCCCGCGUUGGUACAUAUGCACCAAAUCGGCCGCCACUCUGAGCGCCGCCUUUUCGGCACUUUAUGUCCGCAAAUAUUUUCACAGCGAAAGCAAACACAAAGUCGAAGAAAUGGUUAACUUUAUUCAUAAGGAGUUCAUUCAAAUGCUUAAUAGUGUUGAAUGGAUGGAUGAGACCACAAGACUACAGGCGUUAGACAAAGCAAAGGCUAUAACAAGUCAUAUAGGAUUUCCUAAACAAUUACUGAAUGACAGCCAAAUCGCAAAAAUAUAUGAAAACUUGCAAGAAUUCAGUGCCGAUCAAUAUUUCAAAAAUAUGCUCAAAACGAGUAAAUGGUUAACAGAUUUCUCGUCGCAAAGUCUGACACAAACACGACUAAAAGGAGAUUGGCGUAACUUUGCGGAGACAACGGUAGUGAACGCAUAUUACUCUGCGAUAGAAAACGCUAUCAUAUUUCCGGCAGGAAUUCUGAGGGGAAUGUUUUUCAAUUAUAAUAACCCUAAUUAUUUAAACUUUGGUGCCAUCGGGACAGUGAUCGCACAUGAGAUCACCCAUGCAUUCGAUGACAUCGGAAAACAAUUUGAUAAAAAUGGAAAUAAUAAGAAUUGGUGGGCAAAAACCACUGAUGAUAUGUUUAAAAAUAGGACACUUUGCCUUAUAAAUCAAUACAAUAAUUAUGUCUUACCUGAUAUCCAGAGAAAUUUAAACGGAAUCAACACUUUGGGAGAGAAUAUCGCCGAUAAUGUAGGGGUGAGGGAGGCGUUCAAAGCAUACCAGGCUUAUGCUAAACUUUAUCCCAAAGAAAAGAUGUUACCCGGACUCAAAUAUACACCGGAACAGCUAUUUUGGAUUACAUACGGAAAUGUUUGGUGCAGUCGGACGAGGCCUGAAGUAUCGAAAAUGUUUAUCGAUAAGGAAACCCAUAGUCCGGCGCGAUUUAGGGAGUCCAAUGAAUUCAAUGAGUACUAA